GAUUUUCCUGGCUUUUAUUAAAAUUCUUACGUUCUCUCACUCGUUUAUAAAAAAAUUAUUUUUAUUUUUAUUUUUUUUGAAAUGACCGAUCAAAGGCCCAUUAUUCUUUGGGCUCAUGCCAGAUCACUUUCUACGGUUUUUGAACGUCCAUUCCUUCAACUUCGUCAAGAAUUUCAUGUUAUUCAUGAACCUUUCGUUCCAAUUGGUCUUGCUUAUCAAGCCAAUAACUUCGAAUUUUUAGAUAAUAUUCAACCACCUAAACCUACUGAUCCGAUUACUUUUGCGCAUCAUUUAACACCCACCCUUAAUGAAAUACUUAAACCACGUUAUUAUAAUGGAGAUGAAACGAAACCGUUAAGAGCUUUUGUAAAAGAUUUAGCAAUAACUUUUUAUCAUGCAUCACAAGGAAAUCAACUUCAAUCCAAAGAAAUUCUCUUAAAAUUUAAACACACAUUCUUAAUUCGUAAUCCAGAAAAAUCGGUUAAAUCUUAUUAUAGAGCAGCGAACGAUACAUAUAAAGCUUGGGACGAAGCCGACGUACCUGAUUCUAAAAGGAUUGAAAUUUUUUCGGCCGAUCAUAUUGGAAUCAAAGAAUUAAGAGCAAUUUACGAUUUAAUUAAAAAUGUAACCGAGGAAGAAAUUGCCUUGGUAGAUGCUGAUGAUUUAGUUCGAGAACCAGAGAAAGUUUUAAGAAAAUAUUGUGAGAUGGUUGGAGUGGAAUUUAAGAAAGAGAUGCUCGCAUGGAAAGCUGAAAAAAUCAAACGUUGGGACUUAAAAUUGACAGAUAUGCAUCAUGAACCAGAUUUAUAUAAUAUAUGGCACAGGGUCAGUCAUGAGAAGGAAAUCGAGUAUCCACAAUAUGUUUAUGACAUAAUAGCCGAAAACGUACCUCAUUAUGAGUAUUUACGCCAACAUAAAAUUAACGUUUGAUUCGAUUGUUUACAUGCGGUUUAAAUUUUUUAAGGAAUUACUGUGUACUUUUUUUGUGGUUUAAAACAUAAGAGUUUUAUAUUAAUAUACAUGAUAAUUUUAUAUUUUUUUUUUUUUAUUUUUAUAUGGUUAAGUUUUUCUUAAGAAAUUUUAGGUUUUUUAUU